GAGAGAGAGAGAAAAGAAAGGAGAGGGAAAGGGAGAGAGAGAGAAGAGCGUCCAAACUAACCCGAUUUCAUCUGAUCCACAGGGCCAGAGAGAGAGAGAGAGCGGAGAGAAGGAGGGAAGUAAAGAGAAAAAGGGGUCGUCGUCGUCGUCGACUUAUCCGUGAAGACUUACCUCUCCCUCUGUGCACACGCGUGUGGGUGCUGUGUGCGCGUGUGCGUGUCAGAGACUCCCCAAGUUUGAGAGAGAGAGAGAGAGAGAGAGAGAGAGAAGAACAAAAGCAAGAGCGACUCUCUCUCCUCCUUUUGGUUCGACACCCACCGAGAGACUUUCGAGAGCGAGCGAGAGAGCGAGCGAACGAGACCCCAAACAUGACCGAGAACUCCAGCACCGCACCGGCCAAGCAGAAGAGGGCCAAGGCCGCCAAAAAGCCAUCCAACCACCCCAAGUACAGCGAGAUGAUCCACGCGGCCAUCAAGACGGCCAACAGCAGGGCGGGCUGCUCGCGGCAGUUCAUCCAGAAGUACAUCAAGUCCCACUACGACGUGGGCGACAACGUGGACAUCCAGGUCAAGCUGGCCCUCAAGAGGCUGGUCCUGCAAGACAUAGUGCAGCAGACCAAAGGCGUGGGGGCUUCCGGCUCCUUCCGGCUGACCAAGAAGGAUGAGCCCAAGGUGGCGGUUGGGACGGGGGCCAGGAAGUCGGCCAAGUCCUCGACCCGCAAGAGCGCGGCGGGACCCAAGAGGGCCACCGCCAAGGCCAAAAAGGCCAAGACCCCGGUCAAGGGCAAGAAAAAAGCGGCCGCCAAGCCCCCCGCCAAAGUCAAGCGGGCGGCCCCCAAGAAGAAGGCCGCCCCCCUCAAGAAGGCCAAGAAGCCGAAGGUGGCCAAACCCAAAGCCACCAAGACCAAAGCCAAGAAAGCCUCCUCGCCCAAGUCCAGGGCCAAGUCCGGCAAGAAGGCGGCCUCCAGGAAGAAGUGAACGGACAAGCGACCGACCGACUGACCGACCGACCGACCGACUGACCGACCGACGACCGUGUUUCGUUCGCACCGGACAAGUCGAUUGAUAAGGACUGACUUUUUAUUUUUUAGCAACUUCUGUAUAUAGUUAUUUAAGACUCUUGGGGUUUUUUUCUAUCCAGACUCUUUUUUUCUUCUCUCCCUCUCUCUCUCUCUCU